AUGUUGCAGGUAUUGGGGCCAUACGCACAAGGUGGGUCUAUCGUACUUCUGAGUGAUGGCAUGGAGAUUAUACCGUCUCCAGUAAUCAAAGACAUACUUCACAACAUUACAGAGGCAGGAGUCAUUAUUGACACCAUCACUAUAAGCAACUAUGCUGACCAGCAGAUGGAGGAUCUAUCCACAAACACUUACGGCACAUCAGGGUUCUGUCCCGAUAGAUGUGAUACUGAUAAUGAGAGUGGAAAUUGCUUAACGCCACAAUUCCUGAGUACCAUAACAGAUAGACCUGACGUAGGAACGGGCGCAACCCCUGUACUGAUCUUGAACUCCGAAAUAACUAUCAAGUCCGAUUCUGGAUUCCAUGUUUUUCCGGUGGUCAUCGAUGACGCCCUUGGCAAUAACACGGUGAUCACAGUAGAGUGGACAGAGAGUAAUUCAAUACUGGUCGAAGUUGCUGGUCCAAACGGUACUCAGAUUGACCAUAACGAUCCCAGAUAUUAUACAGGAGACAAGAUAGUAACGAUUGCCAUACCUCAGGCGCAGGCUGGUUUAUGGUACAUAAGAAUAAGCGGCAUAACUCAUGCUGAACAUGCAAGUGUAUCAGUAACAUCUGAGCAAUCUACAAAAUACUCCCCCGUCACAGUGAAGGUUCUCUUGGGAUCCCUUAAUGUGGAUUAUUCUAGCAAACCAGCUCUAGCAAUUUAUGUUAAGGUUGAACAAGAUUAUUUACCGGUACUCAAUGCUACUGUCACAGCUAUCGUUUCAUCAGAAUCGUCUUCCACGACGUUAUCUCUUUUUGACAACGGGAGGGCUAUAUAA